AUGACGAGGAUGGGUGCGGCCAUUGCUGAGAAUGUGCCCUUUCUCGUUGGCAGGGAGAAUGAUAAAAUCGACGUCCUUGAUAAGAUCCCGGGAUGUGUGGGGGAUCAAUCAGACGAGAAGGAUAUGCUUGGGAAAUUGGGCCUAGGAGCUCCAAGACCCUUGGAUUGGCAGAAGCAUAGAAGAUUUGAAAGUUAUGACAGAGAUCCCGGACGGAUUUUCAAGCUUAGGGAAAUCAACGCGAUCUACCAAAAGGUGUAUGAGGAAGGGAGAUGA